AGCUGGUGCGAAUGUCCGCCUGAAGAAUGUAAACGGCUGGACAGCUCUUAUGUUUGCGGCUGUAGCUGGGAAUGUUAACAAUGUCAACGCCAUUUUAGAAGCCGGAGCGGACGUUAAUCACGCUACUGUUUAUGGUGUAAAUUCGUUAAUGAUUUCAGCGGAGUGCGGACAUUCAGAAUUGUUACGUUUCUUGGUUAGCCGAGGCGCUCAAGUUGACUUCAUCAAACUUGAUGGAUGGACUGUGCUAAUGGGGGCAGCAAAGUCAGGUAAAUCUAAUGACGUGAGGUUUUUGAUUAACAAAGGUGCCGACACCAAUGAAACAACUACAGAUGGUGUUACGGCUCUGAUGGUGUCCUCAGUUUUAGGACACCUCAACACCAUGUAUGUGUUAAUCAAGGCAGGGGCUAACGUCAAUAUACAAAACUACGACAACUGGACCGCUUUACAUUAUGCUUGCUACUAUGGCAGAAAGGAAGCGGUAGAACUUCUUGUAGAACAUGGAGCUGAUAUCAACUUAGAAACAAUAUCAGGCCGAACUGCUCUUAUGUUAUCUAUUUCAAAAGGCCAUUCGGAAAUUUCUUACAUGUUACUAACGGAAGGCGUAAAAAUCAACGUUAAAAACAAAUCAGGAUUCACGCCGUUAAUGAUAGCAACAGAGAUGAACAUGUAUGAUACGGUAGUGACGCUUCUGGAGAAAGGCGCUGAAGUAGAUACACAAUCCAAUGACGGAAGGACGGCUUUAAUGAUAGCAUCGGGAAAAGGGUACACCCAUCUGGUUGCGCUAUUUUUAAACCGCUGUGCUAAAGUCGAUCUAGUCAAUUCAUCAAACCACUCAGCCGUAAUCCUAGCGACGUCAGUAAACAGAACUGAUAUUGUCUGUCUGUUACUGACCCGCGGCGCGGAUGUAAACAUACGAGACAGUGAUGGAAUAACCCCACUCAUGUGCGCAGUGUCGAAACAAAACGGCGCACUCGUACGCUUGCUGCUGGUAAAUGGUGCUGACGCAAACGCCAAGAACAACAACGGAGUUUCCGUUUUACUCAUGGCGGCGUUUACACAGAACACCAUCAUUGUGAAUCUUCUAUUGGAGCACCGAGCUAACGCGGAAAAUUUCCAAUCGGAACUUGAAAACUUUCGGAAUCUGUUAAUUCAGGCCCAAAAUGUAGUGUCUCCAGGCAGCUUUACGGCACCUCGAAAUGCAAUUAUGCAAUUUUAG